CACACUGUCUCUAAAUGAGUACUCUGGUUAGACAAGUGCCGCUCUGAACAAGGAUCACUGAGGAGCAAUGAGGCAGCAGGUGUGGGAGAGAUCUGACGAGGCGCGUGGGCCCGUAGCGUGACCAGUACACAGCGAGAAGAUGAGGACCAUCCUUCCUAUGUGCGGAGGCAGCAGUGCAGGGGAACCCCGCAGCCUCCGCAGCAGGGUUGGCAGGAUGAAGAGGCUACUUUGGCUCAGGCAGAGUCAGUGCAUGGGCGUUCACAUGAACACGGAGCCCGGAGUGUGGCUGAGGAGUUUCCAGUUUUUGGACACCGACGGACAGUAUGAGGACCCGGUGCAGGAGUGGGGCGAGGAGGAGGAGGAUGGGGCAGUGUUUGGCGUCACGCUACGCAGGGAGCCUGUCGUGCCGACCUCGAACAUGACGGAGCUUCAGACGACCAUCAGCUUCGUCCAGUACCACACGGUGAAGGUGCGCAGGCUGAAGGCUGCCACCCUGGAGCGUCUGGUUACCCACCUGCUGGACCCUGAGAAAAGGGAGCCCGACUUCAUCCAUGUGUUCCUCUCCACCUACAGGGCCUUCACCACCACCAGCACCCUCAUUGAGCUGCUGUUUCAGAGAAAUGACUCGGUCACAAACCUGGAUAACUCAGUGAGUGCUCGCAGUACCUUGGUCCCAGUAAUCCGUCUUUGGCUGGAGGAAUACAGCGAAGACUUCAAUGACCCCCGUCAGUACCAGGCUCUUCGGACGUUGUGUGUCCACAUGCAGCAUCGCCUCUGCUUCAGACAUUUGGUUCAUACGGCAGAGAGCCUGCUCAAGAGUCUCCAGGAACAAGAUUGCAGCCAGCCUGCGUCAGAGCAAAGCAGUGAAUCACUGCAGCAGGUGGAUGGAGGAGAGUUGCCUGCUAAGGAUGAAGACAAAUACAACUUUAUGGACUUCCCUGUUAGGGAAGUGGCUGAGCAGCUGACCAGGCUAGAUUCUGACUUGUUUGUCAAAGUGGUGCCUUUCCACUGCUUGGGCUGCAUCUGGUCCCAACGAGACAAAAAAGAAAACCGAAACCUAGCGCCAACAGUCCGCGCCACCAUCUCCCAGUUUAACGCCAUCACCAACCGUGUCAUCACCUCACUCCUCUGCACAUCCCCGCACCGCCGUUCCACUUCCUCUCCUAUCUCGUCACCUUGUUUGUCCUCUAACUUCCUGUACCCCUCCUCUGCCCCGAGCUCACCUCGCAGCUCACGCACCAGCCCCUAUCACAGAGCACGCAUCAUCGAGAGGUGGAUUGCUAUUGCACAGGAAUGCAGACAGCUGAAGAACUUCUCUUCUUUAAGGGCCAUCCUUUCAGCUCUGCAAUCCAACGCUGUGUAUCGCCUCAAAAAGACGUGGGCUGCUGUCAGCAGGGAAAGCACAGCCACCUUUGAUAACCUGUGUGAGACUUUUCCUGAUGAGAACUGUGUGCUGGCCAACAGGGAGAUCCUAGUGGAGGAUGGGACUCACCCACACAGCAGUGGCACACCAGUUUAUAAAUCACCCCAGCUCUGCUCGGAGUCCAGGCAGAUGAACUUCAGCAGUGGUGUGGUACCAUACCUGGGCACUUACCUGACAGUCCUUACCAUGCUGGAUACAGCACUGAACGACACUGUGGAUGGUGUGCUCAUAAACUUUGAGAAACGCAGACGGGAAUUUGAGAUUCUCUCUCAGAUUCGGCAGCUUCAGGCUUCCUGUUCCCACUACAGUUUUCCACACAACCCCCUUAUCACCACCUGGCUGCAGGCACACACGCUGCUCACAGACCAGGAGAGCUAUGAACUGUCUCGUGAACUGGAGCCUCCAGCUGACCUCUGCCCCAACUCCCCCAACACGUGGAGCAGUUAUGUGCUGACGAGGAAGCUCGCUGCGUUUCGAACAUCCGGUGACACCCCCCUCAGGAAGACCCACGCUGACCAGAUCAGUGUGUCAUCUUCUGGCUCGAGCGGUUCAGACAUGGAGGACCUUCCUGUACCUCAGCCCUCGCUCCUCAGACUCAAGCUAAAGUCGUUCUCGGGCUCCCUUCACAACGUCACAGAAGGCUCCUCCUCUGGGUCCACCUCCCCAUCCUUAUCUAGAUCCUCCUGCAGCUCCUCACAUCCAGACCUCACGUCCCCUUCUCUGGUGCUGAGCCCAGAGUCAUCGUCCUCAUCACCAUCAUCCAGCUGCUCUCCUCAGGCUGCGCUGCCCGUUUACAACAAACAGGUUGCCGACUCAUGUAUCAUCAGAGUCAGCAUGGAGUGUGUCAGCAAUGGAAAUGUCUAUAAGAGCAUACUGCUGACCAGUCAGGAGCACACACCUCAGGUGAUUCAGAGAGCUCUUGAAAAACACAACAUGGAUGAGUUCAGUUGCAGUGACUUCAGCCUCUAUCAGAUGCUCAAAGAUGGGAAAGAGCUCCAGAUACCUGACAAAGCCAAUGUGUUUUAUGCCAUGUGCCCCACUGCCAACUAUGACUUUGUCCUGCGCCAACGCUGGAGGAGCCACGGGAGAAAUUUUGGCUCUUCAGCCAGCCCUGGAGAUCCGCCCAGAUGCCGCCGUGGAAGGUGAAACAUAUUUGUCUGAAUGAAAGGAUCAGAGGAUGCUCUUUUCCUUUUUUUCUUUCUUUCUUUUUUUUUUUUGUAAAAGAGAGAGUGGAGCUGUUCAUCUACACCAACCACUUAAAAAGACACAACUGUGGCUGUUUGUAUCUACUCAUCAACAUAAGAUUGUUACUAUGCAGCAGAAAAGAGCAGCUCUGCCACAGAGGUUCCCAGACUUCGACUGAAAUAUGACUUGGAAAAGUUCUCAUCGAGGCUCAAUAUUCAUCAGGAGCAGCACUGGCUCGAAGAGUUUGAAGGAAAUGUCCAGAUAUACAUAGAACUGACUGCCAAGAGUAACCAGAGUAACAAACAAUCCAGCUAUUCUCCCUGGACAGCUGCCGUGAAUUGUUCCCGAUGGAGGAACACUUCAGCUUUCACCACAGGAGAUCAUGCACAUCAGGAUCAGCUGGUCUGACAAAGCAGCCCUGUGUCAUAACUCAAAAUAAUCUCGCUGUGUGACUACAGAAUCGAACAGUUUUGUCUAUGGCUGAUAUAACAGACAUGGCACUUUUCUCUCAGCCUGUUCGACUGUGUGAGUAACGGGCUGCUGACCUUCUCAAACCCCAGAGAACAAAAUGAAGAACAGUGAGUCAGGAUGAUUAAAUAUGGGACGCUCGCUCUUGGUUGAUGAGCACGCAUUCCCAAACAGAUCAGUGUCGAACACAAACUGUGGGAUUUCAGUCACUGGAUAGAAAGUGAAACACCUACUUACCCUGAUAUGGACAUGUUUGCAACAAGUAUUCAGUUGUUUUGUAGUUAAAUAUUUAAAUAUUUGAAUGUAACUUAAUAUAAUUUUGUCAUCUUAUAUUAUUUAAAGAAUUUCAGUAUUCAGCUUUUAGAGCUAAAUUGAUGUCGUGAACAUGCUUUUUUCAUGUUUUCCAGUCUUAGAUGAAGUGCUGUAUAAAUCCUGUUAACAUUUAGUUCUCAUAAGCUCAUCAGUUUUGUGUUUAUGUUGUCUUUCUGUUUAAUUGAAGAAAGCUAUGUGUUUUUUCUUUUUUAUUAUUUGCUGUGGUCAUAUAUGAAGGAGACUUUUUAUGUGUGAUAAUAUGCACAUUACAUAUGUUUAUAAUCUGUGGCCUUGCCUGGAUUGUGGCAUUUAAGUUUUAAUGCUUUAAUCUGGAGCAAUUAUAGAACACCAGGCCUUCUACAAGAAGUUGUGUCCAGCUGCGUCACUGUGAACGGUAUUAAUCUGAAGAGUGGUUCUCGUAUGUGAAAAUGAAGGGUGAACUAGCAUGUGAAUUAAAUUUGGCAGAUAAAGGCUACCCUGUGAUGCUGAAUCUUCCCUAAAACUACCAGGAAGGUUUUUUGGUUUUUUUUGUAUGCACUAAAAAUGGAAAUUGAAGUCAAGUUAAAAUUUUUUCAGUCAAUGAAGUUUUGUUUUUGUUUUUCUUUAAGAAAAACCUCUUGCACAAUGGUGGAGUUUUCUUGUUCACUUUAAAGCUUCUGUGAUCUGGUAAAAGAAAAAAAAAACAGUCGGUAACAAAGGAAGUGGCAGCUGCAUGAAAUAAAGGAGAUGAAUUGGCAGGCUUUCAUGUUUGUUUUGUAAUUCAAGUGACAUCAAAAGUUCUGUAUGAAAAAAUUUUUUUAAACAUUUUAUUUCAACAGAUUCUUUAUAAAGUUUAAGCAUUUUCUCAUUAAAACUGAUGUUAAAUGUUCACUAAUAAACUCAUUUUUGUCACCGUGCCGCUAUAA